CUUCUGUCUGCUGUCAAGGCCAGUAUAUUUUGACAAAUGUUUAUAACCCAGACAUAAGAUAUUAUUUUCUACAAUUAUUAAUUUAUUUAUUUAGAUAUAAUUCCAUUUCAAAAUGAGUGAAACCGCGAGCACUCGUUCCAAAACUAUGACGGAGUCUAUUGAUUCUGAGUCCACAGAAAGUUCACUGGUAUACGACCGCUGGACGAACAACAUCAGCUACCGCCAGCUGGUGGUGUCGGCCUGUAUCGGCAUCUUCCAAGUGUGGUGGCACCCCUACCUGCACGACUUCCGAAGGUUGCUGCCCUUCAUCUUCCUCUACAAUAUAUUCAGCGUCUUCAUCGGGUAUCCUCUGUUCUACCUGGAACUCGCGCUGGGAGUGGCCACCAAGAAGAGCGUGCUCAACUGCUGGGAUAUAGCGCCGAUGUCACGAGGUAUAGGUUUCGCGAUGCUAUCGACGUGCGUGUUCAGCGCGCUGGCGACGGGCGGGGUGGGCGCGUGGUGCCUGGCGCUGACGGUGCACUCGGUCCACACCUUCCUGCCGUGGCUGCACUGCGCGGCAGACGCCCAGCCGCCCUGCGCGGCGCGACACCGGCCGCUGCCAGCGGGGAGCGAAACACCCCCGCAGUCCUUCUUUUAUAACUUCGUGUUGGACCUGAAGCGCGAUGGUCUGGUGGGAGGUCUGGGCAACGUGGUGUGGGAGCUGCUGAUCUACUACGUGAUAUGCUGGAUACUCAUCUACUUCAUAGUCUUUAAACGGAUGUACAGCUUCUCAAAGUUUGUCUCGCAGCUGGUGAUGUUCAAAGACGUGUUGACGUACUUCGUGUUGGUGUGCGUGGGUGUGGGCGCGGUGCAGCUCAAGGGGGCCACCCGCAUGUUCAGCGACUGCGACUGGAGCGUGCUGUUUGAGAACUUACAGAUAUGGCGCGAAGCAAUGGAAUACUCGCUGAUAGAGAUGACAGUGUGCCAAGGGUCCCUGAUAAUGCUGGGCUCGUACUGCCCCAAGGUGCAGCACAAGCUUGGUACCACGGCGAUGCUUGCGUUUGCCGUGUCCAAGUCCAGUUGUAUGACGGCCGCGCUUGUACUGGGAGCCACGCACGGAGCUUUGUAUAAAGAUUACGAGAAUUCCACUAAUAUUUGGCCGGGUGCGUCCUCGUCAAUGAUCCUGUGGUCGGACUUCGUAGCGCGUAUCCCCGGCAGCCAGUUCUGGUCCGCUCUCAUAUUCUUUACGAUGUUCGUCUUAGCACUUACCACAACGGCGCUGUCGGUACAAACGAUAAUGUCAGCGUUCACGGGACACUCCAUCAGGAAGAUCACGUGGGCUUUCCUCAUAGUGAUCUGUGUGCUCUUUUGCUUGAUCGGAACCAUAACUUUGUGUACACAGGGUGGUUUAUACGUAGUAAACUUCUUAAUAAACUGGCCCGCAUCAAAACCUCGUGUGCCUAUCGCGGCAUUGAUCGCUACGGUAGUCACCUACGUGUAUGGACAGACCACUUUCUGUGAAGACGUCUACUUGUCCGUCGGAGAAUACCCCAGCGUGUUCAUGAGGAUCUGUUGGGCACUCUCCCCAGCCCUAAUGAUGUGCGUUUUUGCUGGCGGCGUGGCCACGUGGGAGACGAGCGAGGCGAUGGCCGGCUGGCUACUGCUGGGCGUGGCCAUGAUACCUAUCGUCCUCGUCAUGCUUUUAUACGCAAUGUUCCAGUGCAGAGUUAGAAAUAUCGUUCGAGACGAAAAGUAAUCGUUUAAAAUAAAGUGCAUCGUUUGUAUUUAACAGUUAUUGCUUGAAUGAUAAAAUGAAAGAUUUUGAUCAGAAUGACAUCUUAUUUUAUUCACAAAAUUUUUCAUAACACCAAUUUGUUACCAAAAUAAAGGAUUAUUUUAUAAUUAGUCAUACACACAUAUCCACAUAACAACUUAGAAAGCUGAUCAUAAUAAAUAUUGUACGAUGUUUAAAUGUUGGCAUUUUUUUGUCUUUUUUAAAGUGAACAGUAUCUAUUAUGACCAGCAGGAGUAUUUUUACACAAUAAUUAAUUCAGUUUGAUAAUGAAAUGUUAAAUCAGCUUCGCUUGAUUGGGAAAAACACUCCUUCUAAUUAAUACAGCCUUGGAUCUUACUUCUAAAAUUAAACGUAACUUAAAUAAUGAACUUCUCAUAUAAAAAUAAUAAUGAUAAGCAUCACUACAUACAUCUUUUUUUAAAGUUUACAUCUAAGUAGAUAGACCGCCAAAGUGUUCAUUGUAAAGUAUAUUCGUUUAAUUAGACUAUUGCCUUGUGUUCAAAGAUAUAUUAUUUACAGCAUCGGUAACGAGGUUAUUAAUAUUCGAUAAAUAUAUGAAUUGCACCAAAAGAUACAUCUGAUGGGGACUAGAUUGGAAACAAAAUAACACUUGUUCACAAUAUAUACGAUGGCGUAAUAUUUGGCUUUCAUACAAUUUAGAAUCACAAGAGACAUGGACAUCAAAUACUCGAUAUUACCAUCACUUUUUUUUAAUGCGAGGCAGGCCGAACUAGCACAAACAGAACACCUAAGCUUAUUUAUGAGAUAAUUAAAGUUUGGAAAACAGGAACAACUGGUGUGUGUGACGUCAAAUGCAUGCAUGGAAGUAUACUCUUUAUUCUAAGCAAAUAUUAUGAACCGGCCUGCCAGUCUUGUUACACCAAUGCUAUCUAUUAUAACCCUAAUCUAUUUUACAAUAAUUUGAUAUUAAGUGGAUUCACGACGGCAUACAUGUGACAGGAUAUAAUCUUAGUAAAUUCUAGGCCUUGUUAUUUGCAAAUAGGAAAGUAUUCGCGCUCUCAAUGAAACAGUUUUGUGAUUACAAUAGACAUUUAUUCAAUUAUCACUUGGUUUUGCUUGAAAAAUAAUUCGUAAUUAUAUUAGUUUGUUCUGUACAAUAGCACGGUCAUACAUAUGGAUGAGAACGCGAAAUACUAUCGAUACAAUAAGGUGACAAUUCCCAAAUAUUUGUGCUAUAGGAACAGAGAGCAAGCGGAUCAUUAUACAUAACAUUCAUACUGUAACAUGUGUAAUAAGACGCUAAACUAUUCCACAUCGAGAAUAAGCUCUGUAAUUAUUUUUAUUGAAGCAAUUUAUUACUGAGGAAACUGUACACAGAUUCUUACAAUUUAUAAGAAAAUAUUAAAUUUUAUAUUACCACAAAUAUCUAGAUGAAAUAAUCUAGUAAUCGUCAUUUAUCGUACAUAUCAAUCCAGUUCACUAAUAUUCAUAGUUGCUAUUUAAUUUUUUAUUAUAUUUUUUUCUAUUUUCGUUUUAAAACGAAAAUAUAUUACAUAAGCUGCUCUCUGCUGUUAAAUUAAACUAGUCAUAAAGUAAUUCGAUAUCCCUCACAACUAUUUUGAUCUGAUAUUUAUGAACUAUGUAUUAUUAUCAGGAACAUCUACAAAUUGAUUAAACUUGGAACUAAUAUACACAAUGCAAUAAUUUUACAUCUAUCAUCUAUACUGAUUAGUAUACCGUAGUAAUGAUGUACAUAGUUUGCGAUUUGGGUGACUGAUAUAAAGUUUCACAUAAACAAGUCAAACAUGUCGGCUACUGGUGUUUGGCACACUACCCAACAACUAGUCACAGCCAACUACGUGCUCCAGUAACUAGACAACGGUAACUAGACUCGCCGCUAGCUACGCAUACACUACGUACGUCAUGAUCGUGCCUCGCUAUUCUUAGUGUACUAACAUGUUCAUUGUUUAUGCAAUUAACCUGGAUAGGUUAUGUGCUCAAUCAAGAUGCGACCAUAUGAGUUUUUACUCCAUUUAGAUUUAAGUUAGUUAUAUAUUUCAAUAAAUACGCAACACAGACACUUAACUAAAAAGGCAGCGUUUUGUUACUAUAAAAUCUUACUAGCUAUGUGUGCUUGUGUUCACAUCAAAAUAAAAUAAAAAAACAUAAAUAACAGACAUUCGGGGACCCUGCGCUCAGUCUUACGCAUAAAGAUUCCACCACAUACUCCACAGGACAUCGCUAGUACGUACCGUUUUACGUUAAGGCCUAUCUAUCAUAUGUCUACAUUAAUCACUUGAUAAACCACUCAGUAUGUUACAAGUAUCAACCCGCUAGGAGCUUAACUAAUGCAAUAAAGGAACUCUUUACAAAGACGCGAUCAACGUAAACUUUCCAGUGUUCAUGUUCUGUGUCAACAUUGUUUGCGCACCUCACUGAACAAAACCUACGGAACUGAAGCAUACAAACACAAUAACAAGCAGUAAAAUCAGCAAUACUUCACACUUGAUAAAUAAAUAUCGCUAAAACGAGAGGAACAGAUUUAUAAAAACUAAUAGUCAGUAAAUUAAAUUGUGCAAGUAAAAAAAUGCUGUGGGUUCGUAGGCCAGCGGCCUAACGCGGCUCGUCUAGGUGGCCAUUUCAUAAUUAUAUUAGAAAAUAGAUGAAUAAAUUCGUAUUAUUCUUAUGGAACAUUUCAUGUUAUAGUUUAUGUACAAUUGCAAGCAGCUGCAUCAAUAUCAUUUUAAAAUUCGUGACGUUUUUCUAAUAAGUAAUGACUGAGGUCGGUCGUGCAAACAGCUCAAUGAACAUGU